CCCUCAUCUCUGCUGUCCAUCUGAUGCAUUAUUUGGCCACUGCGCAUGCGUGCAGUCAGAUCUCACCCUCCUGUCCUCCAGGGGGCGCUGUGGGCUCGGCUGGUGCUAGCGUCGGUAUCAGCGCUGCUGCAUGUGACUUUGACAUCAACAGAGGCACGAUGAGGCUGACCACUCUCAUGUCGAUGGCAGCCAGGGUUGUUGUGCCCAAAGAUUUCCGCUACGGCACCAACAGACCGUGGACGCCUGCUGCUAAGAAGCAGAACCCUCCGGGGAAGAAGAGGAGAAAGGUGUUCGUGGAGCCUAUAGCAGCAGAGGACUGGUCUGUUUUCAGAGGGGACACGGUUGAGGUCCUUGCAGGGAAGGACAAAGGAAAGCAAGGGAAAGUGGUCCAGGUCUUCAGACACCGGAACUGGGUCAUGCUAGAGGGAAUGAACAUACAUCACAGGUACAUCGGAAAAUCUGAGGAUUACCGUGGGACCUACAUCGCCAGUGAGGCUCCCGUCCUGCUCCGCGACGUCACCCUGAUUGACCCCUCAGACAGGAAGCCCACUGAAGUUGAGUGGAAAUUCACAGAGGAGGGCGAGAGAGUCAGAGUGUCUCUCAGAACAGGUCGGAUCAUCCCGAAACCUGUCGUGGAGCGACGGGAUGGCAUCGUACCAUCGCAGUGGAAAGAUGGCCCCAAAGACACCAGCCCAGAUGACACUCUAGAAAAGACCUAUGUACCAUCUCUGAAAACCCUGGAGGAGGAAGUCAUGGAGAAAAUGGGCAUUCAGGAGAACAGGAGGCACCGAAGGUCCUACUGGUACUGACCAGAUUUAACAGAGACACUCAGGCCCUGUUGUGUUAGCAGCUGUCACAUGGCCUUUGGAGACACCAUGGAGGCGACAUAUGGAGGAUAUGAGUAAGGCUUAUGGACUGUAAAUUGCAUACAUGUUAUCAAGGAAUUGAUGACUGUGUGAAGGUGAAGCAGCUGUUCUGAUAACAGACCUGCAACUGUUUCCUGAAUGUGUACAGUUUCAAUCAUUCUCUAUUUGAAAUGCUAUCAGACUUUGUUUUAUGUUCUUUUCUUUCUAAGUGUGAAUAAAUGGAAUACGUAAACUGAUAUAA